AUGGAUUCAACUGAGCUGCAGAGGCAUUUUCUUGAUUACAUUUCUACGUUGUUUCGCGAGGGAUUCUUGGAUGGUCAAUUCGGACAAUUGCAGCUACUUCAAGAUGAGAGCAACCCCGAUUUUGUAAUCGAAGUUGUGUCCCUUUUCUUCGACGAUUCUGAAAGAAUUCUCAAUGGUCUCACCACAACAUUGGAACAACAAAAUGUCGACUUCAAGAAGAUCGACGCCUAUGUGCACCAACUCAAAGGCAGCAGCUCCAGCAUCGGGGCACAAAGAGUCAGAAAUGCCUGCAUUGCUUUCAGAAACAUAUGUGAAGCACAAAAAGUCGAAGCAUGCCUCGAAUGCUUAGAACAAGUCCGGCAAGAGUACCUGCUAAUUAAGACCAAACUCCGGGCUUUAUUACAGUUGGAGGAGAAGAUAAUUGCUGCUGGUGGAAUCAUCCCUAUGAUCACUGAUUUCUCAUGA